CUCUCAAUUUCCCUCUGUCCUAUCCAACAACAAGGACAGCAAUAACAACAAUAAUAAUAACAACGAUAAACAACAAGGGCAACAAAAAGGGAAAAAAUAGCCUCCAAGAGAAGUGGAUUCAUAGUGCAGCCACCGAUCCCAGCAAUAACCCAGGAGGAAAGAAAGAAAAAAAAAAAAAAAAGUUUCUAUCCAAGAUGUAGGAUUCCCUGGUUAAACGCUUGGCGAAAGCCUAGCUUUAAAGAGAAACUUCCGGGGAUCGGGCAGGUUAAGCACACAUGGCGCAAAGCGCAAGGACCCGUGUAAGAAUCCCGGUUCUAUCCCUGGCUCCCCACCUGCAGGAGAGUCACUUCACAGGCGGUGGAGCAGGUCUGCAGGUGUCUAUCUUUCUCUCCCCCUCUGUCUUCCCCUUCUCUCUCCAUUUUUCUUUGUCCUAUCCAACAAUGACGAAAACAGUAACAACGACAACAAUAAAAGGGGAGCAACAAAGGGGUAAAUAAAUAUUUAAGAAAAAAAAAAGAAAAAAAAAAUUUCCAUUCACCUAGAGCUGCCAGUUUAAUUUCUUGUUUAUAUCUUGUCUCCAGCUAGGACGAACCCUACGGAGCCCUUUCAUGAAGUUUGUAGCCCAUGCAGUGUCUUUUACAAUCUUCUUGGGAUUGCUAGUAGUAAAUGCAUCAGACCGCUUUGAAGGCGUUAAAACCCUGCCAAAUGAGACCUUCACUGACUAUCCAAAACAGAUCUUCAGAGUGAAAACCACACAGUUCUCCUGGACAGAAAUGCUCAUCAUGAAGUGGGUCUUAGGAAUGAUCUGGUCCGAAUGCAAGGAGAUCUGGGAGGAGGGGCCGCGGGAGUAUGUGCUGCACUUGUGGAACCUGCUGGAUUUUGGGAUGCUGUCCAUUUUCGUGGCCUCCUUCACCGCGAGGUUCAUGGCCUUCCUGAAAGCCAGUGAGGCCCAGCUUUAUGUCGACCAGCAUGUGCCGUACGACACGCUUCACAAUGUCUCACUUCCACCGGAAGUAGCUUAUUUUACUUAUGCCAGGGACAAGUGGUGGCCUUCAGAUCCCCAGAUCAUCUCAGAAGGGCUGUACGCCAUAGCUGUCGUGCUGAGCUUCUCUCGGAUCGCCUACAUCCUGCCAGCCAAUGAGAGCUUUGGGCCCCUGCAGAUCUCCCUGGGAAGAACUGUGAAAGAUAUCUUCAAGUUCAUGGUCAUUUUCAUCAUGGUAUUUGUGGCCUUCAUGAUUGGAAUGUUCAACCUGUACUCCUACUACCGAGGUGCAAAGUACAAUCCAGCGUUUACCACGGUUGAAGAGAGUUUUAAAACCUUAUUUUGGUCCAUCUUUGGCUUGUCUGAAGUGAUCUCGGUGGUGCUGAAAUAUGACCACAAGUUCAUUGAGAACAUUGGCUACGUUCUCUACGGCGUUUACAAUGUCACCAUGGUGGUAGUGCUGCUCAACAUGCUAAUAGCCAUGAUCAACAACUCCUAUCAGGAAAUAGAGGAGGAUGCAGAUGUGGAAUGGAAAUUUGCCCGGGCGAAGCUCUGGCUGUCUUAUUUUGAUGAAGGAAGAACUCUACCUGCUCCUUUUAAUCUAGUGCCAAGUCCUAAAUCAUUUUAUUAUCUCAUAAUGAGAAUCAAGAUGUGCCUCAUAAAACUCUGCAAAUCUAAGGCCAAAAGCUGUGAAAACGACAUGGAAAUGGGCAUGCUGAAUUCCAAAUUCAGGAAGACUCGCUACCAGGCUGGCAUGAGGAAUUCUGAAAACCUGACAGCAAAUAACACUUUAAGCAAGCCCACCAGAUACCAAAAAAUCAUGAAGCGGCUCAUAAAAAGAUACGUCCUGAAGGCCCAGGUGGACAGAGAGAAUGAUGAAGUCAAUGAAGGUGAACUCAAGGAAAUCAAGCAAGAUAUCUCCAGCCUGCGUUAUGAGCUUCUUGAAGAGAAAUCACAAGCAACAGGCGAGCUGGCAGACCUGAUCCAACAGCUCAGUGAGAAGUUCGGAAAGAACCUGAACAAAGACCACCUGCGGGUGAACAAGGGCAAAGACAUUUAGCUGCCUACAAGGGCAUCUGUGACUUCUACCAGCAUUCCCAGGCCAGGGGAUUUUGCUGCUGCCCUGGUGGGGAAAGGUGUAGGGCCCCCCCCCCUCUGGGACAGGAUGGUGACCUGCUGGCUGGCACAGUCCAGGGCAGCCCUGCUGCUGUCACCUGCGGCCCAGUGACCAGCCCAGCCCAAGAAUGGCUAUAAAUCUAGGCCCUUGGGUAAGAAAUAUGACCCCAGGGGCAGGGAGCAGAGAUAUGUGUGACACCUCCUAUCUAGCCAUGCUGGCCUAUAUCUCAGUGGCAGCACACGAAGAGGCCAUCCGGAUGCCCACACGUCCACACAGGGGCAGUGGCCCCAGCUGUGUCCUAGGAAGAUACACCACCUCACCCCCUGUGCCCCUCCUUGCCCCUCCCUGCACCCCCACUCACAUCCAAACAGAACCGGGAGGUGACCUGUGAUCUACUCUUAAGUGCCAGAUGAGAACACAGAUAGCCUAAUAGCAACAUAGUUCUAUUUGUUUAUACAAAAAGAAAAUGUUUAAAAAUCCUAAACAACAAAAAAACAAACUGUACUGUAGGUAGCACUGUUUAGAGAAAAACAAAAUGAUGUAUUUUUACCUUUACUAUCUUGUAUUUACUAUUUUUACCUAAAAUGGAAAAAAAAAAUAAACUUACCUCAUCAUA